AUGAGUGCUUCGAUCGAAGUGGGCGCACACACCACCGGCGACGUCCCUCAAGACAGCGAAGAGUUCCAGACCAUUGUUCAGAGUAUCGAGGGUGUCCAGGAUCCCGAAAUCCUCUUUCCAUCGUCAACAAGAUCCGGUGAACUGCCAACGGGCGAACAGGGGGAGAAUACCACCAUAACUGAAGAAGACGGAGAGGGCGCAAAGGACCAGGACGGAGAGAAGGAUAUCGACAACGAGACCUCAUAUUAUUGGGAUGCUUCGACUAUGGCACCACUAAGCUCAGCCUCGGCGGCCGCCAUUGCCCGGCUAAGAGCCUUUAAGCCCCCUCCAUUCCCGCUAUGGGAUCGCCUACCACUCAGUCGCCGUGCCGCGGUGCUGUUGCUCCUUUAUGCAGACAAGCGUGGUGAUCUCCGUGUGGUCAUCACUAUGCGCGCCGCGAGUAUGCGCAGCUUCUCUGGACAUGCCGCGCUACCCGGGGGAAAAGCAGAUAGUGUAGAAGAAACACCAUACCAAAUCGCCCGCCGCGAAGCCUGGGAAGAAAUUGGUCUUCCCAUGGACGACAGUAAGCUCCCCUCGCCCUUCCGCAUCGAACACCUCUGCUACCUACCCAUGAACCUCGCACGCACCGAACUCGUGGUGCGUCCUUGCGUCGCGUUCUUGCAUGCCGACCACGGGAAAAAGUCACCAUCACCAACAACCGAUGGCGACAACAAGGAUGCGCCAACAGCAGACGAAGCCCUGAUCCCGCGUCUCAACGCCAAGGAGGUCGCGGCCGUCUUCACCGCGCCCUUCCACAACUUUCUGCGAGCCAAUGACGAGAUUGCGAAGCACGACGACGGCUCGCAAGAAAGGCUACCGCCAGGCAAGUGGUACGAAGGCAGCUGGACGAACUGGCAUGAGGAGCCGUGGCGGAUGCACUUCUUUUACGUGCCCGUCAAUAAUCAGCGGGUGGCCAAGCCGGGGUCACGGCCAAAGGCGGCAGUAGAAGGAAAGUCGCCUGACGAUAACAAGAACGCGAUCAACCCGGAAGACGACGAGGACUUGCCGCCGCCGACAGCGGCACUUACGCGCGGCGGAGACGAGAAUGAGGAAGAGGAGCGGUACAAGGUGUGGGGCAUGACGGCGAGGAUACUGGUGGAUGCGGCGACGGUGGCGUAUGGAGAGGAACCGGAGUUCGAGCAUAACAGCCAUUUUGGAGACGAGAGGAUGAUUAUGGGGUUGGAUAAGUUGGGUAUGUUGGGGGAGAAGACGAAGAAGGGGAGUGUUUUUACGCAGGAGGAUCUGAAAAAGGCAAGUGAGGCGGCGAAGAAGGCGAGCGAGGCGUCGAAGAUGUAG